AUGGAUGCCGUUCCUCAUGUAGUUGCUCGGCUCGUGAGAUCUGGAAAGGACGCUGUUCAGAUGAAUGAUGGUGAAGGUUGUACUGCUGAUUUGAGCUCUGGAAAUGAUAAUGGACAGAUGAAUGAUGGUGAAGGUUGUACUGCUGAUUUGAGCUCUGGAAAUGAUGAUGGUCAGAUGAAUGAUGGUGAAGGUUGUACUGCUGAUUUGAGCUCUGGAAAUGAUAAUGGUCAGAUGAAUGAUGGUGAAGGUUGUACUGCUGAUUUGAGCUCUGGAAAUGAUGAUGGUCAGAUGAAUGAUGGUGAAGGUUGUACUUCUGAUUUGAGCUCUGGAAAUGAUGAUGGUCAGAUGAAUGAUGGUGAAGGUUGUACUGCUGAUUUGAGCUCUGGAAAUGAUAAUGGUCAGAUGAAUGAUGGUGAAGGUUGUACUGCUGAUUUGAGCUCUGGAAAUGAUGAUGGUGAAGGUUGUACUGCUGAUUUGAGCUCGGGAAAAAACGAUGGUCAGAUGAAUGAUGGUGGCGGUUGA